CGGCCACAAAGUCAAUGGAAUUUCUCGGACAAGGAAAUCGCGACAUUGGACGAAUCAAUCCAAGGUGGUCCGUGUCCCUCAACUGAAGCUAAGGAGCUGAAAUAUUCCAAUUGGCGUCAUUACAUGGAUUUGGAUUGUUUCUUGUACCGGUCCUGUUUCAAUCUUUCGUGCUCAGCUCAACCUCCAACCUCCAACCUCCAAGCUCCAAACCUCCACCAUCCUCCCCGACCUCAAACCUCGAACCUGGGCCCCAUCUCACACCACCAGACAACCGGGCCCUAUCAUCGAAAGGCGACCACAAUAUGCGCGGCCAGUCUCCCCUGGUCAGGGCGGCGCGGACUGCGCGACUGACUAGAACCUCGACGACGACGACAACGACGACGACACCUCUACUACUAAACACCAGAACCAACAACUUCGUCUGCUGGCAAUGUCGCUCCAUCCAGAUCAGCGCCAAGCCCGCCACCGACUCCCGUCCCGCCCCCGACGUCUUCGACGCCCUCCCCGGCGGCCCGCGUGACACUGCCGACGCCCGCUUCGAAGUCAUUGGCGCUCCCGCCUCUCUCCUCUCCGUCACCUUGUCCGCCUCGCAACGCCUCUACACCCGUCGCGGCACCCUCGUCUCCGUCGCCGGCAAGGUCGAAAACGCCCAAUCGACCCUCUCCGUCCUCUCCCCUCUGCCGCGCGCCUUCCUCGGUGUUCCCUUCCUCUACCAGCGCAUCUCCUCAACCACCCCCAUCACGGCCCUAAUAGGCACCAAGUCGCCCAACACCAGCUUCUCGGUCCUCCACCUCGACGGAACCACCGAUUACAUGGUCGCCCAGCGCAACGCCCUUUUGGCUUGGACCGGCCACACCAUCCGCGUCUCGCCGCGCAUCCAACACGGUCUGGCCCCCGCCAACUGGGGCGCCACCCACGUUACCGGCCGCGGCCUCGUCGCUUUGGCUGCCCCGGGCCAGAUCUACGAGUUGACCAUAGCCGAAGGCGAGGAACUCACCCUCCACCCUUCCCACGUGGUCGCCUACUCCGUCACCCGCAACCCGCCUCUGCCCUUCCGCUUCAAGAGCACCCGACUCAACCUACAAGUCCCCGCUGUCCCGCACUACAUCAGCAACGCCGCUUCUAGGCUCGUUCCCGCCAAGGUCUCCGAGUUCUUUGCCCAGAUGAGGGAUACCCAGUUCUAUACCGUCCUCGCAAGGAUACUAUACGGCCUCAAGACGGCGACGAGGAGGACGAUCUGGGGCGAUAGACUGUUUUUGCAGUUCCGCGGCCCGACGAAUAUCCUCAUGUCUAGCAGGGGCGUGCGCGUCUCGGACGUAUUAAGCAGAGAGGACAUUAACGAGAUCGCCGAUACGGAAGCCGGGGUUGUUGGUAAGGCUUUGGGAACUUCUAGGAUUGAGAAGGAGAAGGAGAAGGCCAAGGCCAAGGCGAAGGUUUUGGAACAGAAGAAGAAGGAGACUCCUCCCCUAGUGGCUGAGACUGCGGUGGCUGGUGAGAAGGCUGACUUUGCUGAGGAGGUCAAGAUUCCUGCUGAGAAGGUUAUUGAGGAGGUGAAGAAGGAGGGUGAAGCCGCUGACACUAAGCCUGUCAAGUUGAGGGAUGCGAGCGUGGGGAAGGAUGCAAAGGCCACGCUUGAGGAGUCCAAGGACUUGAACCAGUUUGUGCGGUAAAAGCUUGGGUCGUUGUUGUAGUAAGUUGAAUGCCGGGGGAUGUAAUUUUCUUUUCUUCGUUUUCUUCUUCCGUUUUCUUUGUGUUGUAACGAUAGAACAAAUGUGCAUGGGUAUUCAUGAAGAAGAAAGGCAUGGGCAUGGGGCAAUCCAUGGCAUGGGAACGCUAAAAGGUGUGGACGUGAGAGGGAGGGAGGGAGUGGAAUGAAAAAAAAAGAACUUGAUUUGAAGCGCGGUGUCCAAUAUGCUUUUAUGCUUGAAUAUGCCUAUAAAUGUCACGCCGUCAUAUGUUAUGUCCUUGACUACCUCACAACACUUAUUUCCAC